ACGACACACUCGGGGCGUGGCCCUGGCUGCUGUAGUCCACUUCCUGCUUCUCGUGCCCUGGUUUUGGUUUUUCGCCUCAUCAGCUGCAUCAGCCCCUUUAUCCGACGAAAGACACAAUGUCUCAUCAAACGGGCAUUCAAGCGGGUAACGAUGUAAAGGAUAUCUUCGCCACCGCCAAGAGCGGGGACCAAUAUCGAGUCUUAAAAAUCGUCAUCGAAAACGAGCAGCUGACUCUGGGCACCACCAAGAGAGCGUCAAAGAAGUGGGACCAGGAGUACGAUUCCUUAGUGCUGCCCCUCAUCGAGGAUGACAUGCCCUGCUACAUUCUGUACAGGCUGGACUCCACUAACAACCAGGGCUUCGAGUGGAUCUUCCUGGCCUGGUCACCGGACAACUCCAUAGUGAGACAAAAAAUGUUAUAUGCUGCUACCAGAGCCACACUGAAGAAAGAGUUCGGAGGUGGACACAUCAAGGAUGAGAUUUUUGCAACCACAAAGGAUGACUUGAAUCUCAGCGGAUACAGGAAGUAUCUGACCUCGCAGGCCGCUCCCUUGCCCCUCACUGCAGCAGAGGAGGAACUGAGGCAGAUUAAACUAAGUGAGGUGCAGACGGACAUCGGUUCGGAAACCAAGCACCAGACUCUGCAGGGAGUGGCCUUCCCGCUUCACAAAGACGCUGUUGCGGCACUUGAACGUUACAGGGAGAAAAAAAUCAACUACGUACAACUGCAAGUAGACGCUGAACAGGAGCUGAUUCGGUUGUGCAGCACUGAGCCAACGGAGGUGAAAGAUCUGCCAAUGAGAAUCCCUACAGAUUCUGCACGCUACCACUUCUUCCUCUACAAACAUUCACAUGAAGGCGACUACCUAGAGUCCACGGUCUUCAUCUACUCUAUGCCCGGGUACAAGUGUAGCAUCCGAGAGAGGAUGCUCUACUCCAGCUGCAAAAACCCCUUGGUUGACAUGGUGGAAAACAAACUCCAGAUUGAGAUUGAGAAAAAGUUGGAGAUCGACAAUGGGCACGAACUAACCAGUGAUUUCCUGUACGAGGAGGUGCAUCCCAAGCAGCAUGUGCACAAGCAGGCCUUCGCCAAGCCCAAAGGCCCGUCUGGGAAGAAGGGUGGCCGCCGCAUCACCCGACCACCCGCAGACAGAGACGAGGAAGAUUAAACAGACCUCAACACACACCCGGCCACCACCUCCACCCACGUUUCACAGUGCGACAUUCCUUUGAUGGGGUGGAAGGGGAAACACGCUUGUUUAAAAGAAUAAGACGACAACUUCAAAUUCCCACAGAGUUCACCAGAGACCAACUAUGCACGCCAAGGAUAACUGAGCAAUGACACAUUUCAGAGUUUCCAUUUGUAGCUUGCCAAAUGGAAGCAUAUUUAUGUCUGUUAGUAGAGUCACACAAAUGAAUUUCCGAUAAGAGGCCCUAACAAAGUCAACGUUGAGGUUUUUACAUUGUUGCCAGCUCUAAGACUUUAGAAAUGUCAGUGCGAUGAAUGUGAACUUGCGCCAAUAUGAUUAACCCCCCCCCCCAUUUUUAGUUCACAUGCUCCAAUUCUUAACUUGCAUUCCUUAAGUCCGUGUCAAUUAAUGUUUUUGUGUCUAAUGUUUUGAAAUUUGUCUCCUCGUGUUUGCACAAGGUGCUCCAAAGCAGAGAUGAUAUAAUUAUCCCACCUGUGUCUAUUGAUUCAUUUUAACAGUGCAUUUUAUAUUGGAAAAUUGACUUCUUUUUUGAUAUAUAACUGUGGUUUACAUGAAAAAAAAAUCAUCUGCUGAGAAACUUAUUUUUCUAUGCAAGUGCUGUAAAUGUACAUAUUGUAGCUGUGUGAUGCUCUAUGAUUAAGAAACAGUCUGGUCUGUUCUGGUGGUUGUCUGUGUCGGUGAGGAUCACAAGUGGAAAGAAAGAACAGGGGCUUCCAGAAAUAUUACGUCAAUCCAUCUCAUAUUUCACUGAGAGGAAGCUACUCAAACUUUGCCGGGCUCCCACACAAUAGGGAACCUAAGAAACCGGAUAGGAAAGGGAAUACUUUACCUUGAUCAAAAUGUUGCCACAUCCACUGAUCUACUGAUUAUUAUUAGGCAAACUACUAAGCUCACCUCAUGUUCGAAGGGAAAAGCCCUUUAUAUUCAUACAAUGUCAUUAUAAUAGGAAGGAGAAAAAAAAAAUCAUGUUUGGUCUUAUUUGUUUUCUUACAAAUCUUUCUUUUAAAGAAGAAAAAUAAAAAAAUAUUUAAAUCAUA